AUGGCAGGAGACAACAUGGUCAGCCAGCAGUCCAGCGUUAACACCGAACAGGGAAAUAUCACGCAGCAGUCGACGGGCAGGCCGGUAAUCCGUUCCACCGAGGGCGUGAUUUCCAGCGGGCAUUACCUGACGUCCAUGGCGGGCACCAAGAUGCUGCUGAGCGGCGGGAACGCAUUCGACGCCAUUGUGGCCGCAGGAUUCGCGGCCGCCGUGGUGGAGCCCAUCGCAUCGUACUCCUUGGCCGCCGAGGGCGUGUUCAUGCUCCACUACGCCAAGACCGGCGAAAUUCUUUCUCUGAGCGGACAGGGCACCGCGCCCGGCAAGGCCACUCCUUCGUUCUACAAGGAGCAGGGGCUGGACCGCAUACCGACCGGCCCGGGUCACGACCGGUCCCACCUGUCCUUCACUCUGCCCGGCGUGGUGCAUGCCUACAUCUCGCUGGCGGAGCGGUACGGCACCAAGACCAUCGACGAGCUGCUGGCCCCGGCAAUCAGCUACGCCGAUGAGGGCAUCCCCAACUACGAAUACAUGCUGGACCGGCUCGACUCGGCGUCAACGGCACAGCAGUUUGACCUCUACGAACCGGGUGGCUGGGAUGUGUUCUACAACAGCCGGCAGGUCCCUGAGGCCGGCUCCCUGCUAACCCAGCCGGGGUUGGCGAACACCCUUCGCGCCAUGCUGCCGGGGUCGGGAAACGGCCAUGCGCUGUCCAGGGUCGAGGGCUUGCAGAAGGCGCGGGAAGUGUUUUACCACGGCCCAAUUGCCCAGCUGAUUGCCCAUUCCGUCGCCAGCGUUGGCGGCAUCAUGACCACCGACGACCUGGCCGCGUACAGGUCCCAGUACGAGACGCCGGUCAAGACCACCUUCCACGGCUACGAGAUCCACGGCCAGGACACGUGGACGCAGGGCCCGAUGCUGAUGCAGACCCUGAACAUGCUGGAGAAUUUCGACCUCAAGUCCAUGGGACACAACAGUCCGCAGUACAUCCACACGGUACUCGAGGCGCUCAAGCUGGCCUUUGGUGACAGGGAGGCAUACUACGGCGACCCCGACUUCUCGAUCAUUCCCAUCGACGGCUUGCUUUCCAAGGAGUACGCCGCCGAGAGGGCCAAGCUGAUCGACCCAGCCAAGGCCUACCCGGCACAGCCCGAUGGCGGAGACCCAUGGCGGUACUCGAGGAAGUCGCGGAGCGGCAACAGCGCCCACGGAGGCAACGGUGUCCCUGCCGCGUCCGACCCCUCUGCGGUGGAUACGUCGGCGCGGGAUGGCACGACCCACGUGUCGGUGCUGGAUAAGCAGGGCAACAUGGUCUGCGGGACUAUCAGCGGCGGCGCCUUCGCCAAGUCUGUGUUCUUCCACAGAGCUGGGCUGCGCGCUGAGCACCCGCAUCGAGAUGUUCAACAAUGA